AUGGAGGAGGUAUACAACACCCUCACCCUCACAGGGGCCAAAUGGUGGGACCUGCAGCACUCCCCCAAUGAGGAAACAUUCAAGGCGACACAGUUCUGGCUGGACCAAACCUCCAAAGCUGUCGAGGUGGAGAUUCAGACGGUCGAGCCCGCUCAGCGAGACGCAUGGCUGAAGCGACGGACGGACGACAAGGGCCGGACGCUCAUUGCGCGUUACGUCUGGCUCAGCGCGACCGGCCCCAACAAGAACGAAAUCAAUCUGACCAAGGUCGUCCAGAACACGCUCUGCGAGCAGUUCGGCCUCAAGACGGCCUACAAGUACUUCCACACCUUUGUCAGCGGCGUGGCCUCGCUCCCCCGCGAGUCCACGCCGGAGUUCGAGCGGCAGGCCUUUGCGUUCUGCUUCGGUCCGAAACUCGCUGCCAUCUGGUCGCACAGGCUGUCCAAGACGUCAACAGAUGAUAUCACCGAGGGCAUCAUCUUCACCCAGGGCGAUGCCGUGCAGCAGACCUACCUGCGAUUCAUUUCCAAGAUCCCAUGGAACCACGGCAUCUGUCUGUCGUCUGCCUUCCUAGCAUACCUGUUCAGCAUGGUCCUCUGCUCAGAGAUAGAUACCCUCCAGAAGACGAUCCUACAGGGUGUGAAGGAGAUUGAGGGGGAGACCGGCUUCCACGGUUUCGCCGAGCGCAAGAAGAAGCUAGAGCAGGGGAGAUCACUGGCAACCGAGGCGAUGGUAGAGAUGUCAGCAAAGGCCAGCGGAUUCACAACCAAGCUGGCAGGCACGGGUAGAAAAUCCGACAUGAUCGAACAGCUUCUGGAGCUGAUGCUGAAGAGAGCCUCCGAGGACCGCGCCAAUCGCGAGAGACUUGCGUCCGGAAGGAAAGCAAAAGAUAAAGAGCCUAAUGGAGCUCCAAUCUUGAGGGCUCAUGUUGAGGUUAUGCGGCAGAGGAUGAAGAUGCAGAGCUCCGAGACAAAGUACAUCCAGGAGCGGGUCCAGAUCCAGAUUUCAGCGACUUUCCACACCAUUUCGCAAAACGACACAUUGGCCAACUUGGAGGUCGCCGAAGAGACCAGCCAGAUCGCCUACUACAGCUACCGCGAUGCCUCCUCAAUGAAGACCCUCGCCUUCGUCACAAUGGUCUUCCUUCCUGGGAGUUUCAUCUCCGCGCUAUUCUCGACACAAGUAUUCAAUUGGGAAGCGGGAGGCGGAUUCAGUGUCGGCGUGAAUCCUCGCUUCGGAUUGUACUGGGUCAUUACGAUCCCGCUUACCCUAAUAGUCUUCCUGCUUUACUACGUAUGGAUUGGGAAACUGAAACGAGACGUGGACAAGAGGAAGAAGGAUAGAGAGGAGAGAAGGAAAACUCUGACCGAACAUCCAGACGCAUCUUCUUCGAGCUACUCCAUACGCGGGCCAGGAAACAACGGCAGGGGAAGGACUGCGACUUUUGCUGAUCACAUUAAACUGAAGAGGAUGAGAACGAGAACUACCAGCGGACACGCAGAAAAUGGCACGAAUGCUGUUUAA